CAGUGUGAGGUUUGUGAUAUAAUACAUCAUUGACUAGAACCACAGAGGAGGGAAGACUUCCUGCAACUGUGUCUAGAAUGGCUGACGGCAAAAGUGGAGGAAGUGUUGCUACAGACAGCAUACCAGUGACCAACAGGGAUGCAGGCAUGGAGAACCUUACAGAGACUGUUGUUGUGACCAGCAGCAGCUCUCAGGAUCCUAGAGAGGAGUACAAGAUGGACCACAAGAGACGAGGCCUUGCACUCAUCUUUAAUCAGGAGCACUUUGAUAGUGUGACUUUAAAAAGCAGGGCAGGAACCCAGGCUGACGGGAGAAACUUGGAGAAAAGCCUGCGUGAUCUAAACUUUGAUGUGGAGAUUUACGAUGACUGCACAAAGUCAGAUGUUGAAGAGAAAAUCAGAGAAGCUGCAAAUGCCGACCAUUCAGAUGCAGACUGCUUUGUUCUCGUCUUCCUGAGCCAUGGAGAAGAUGACUACAUUCAUGCUAGUGAUGACAAGAUCAGCGUUAAAGACAUCACAUCCCCAUUCAAAGGAGACAAAUGCAAGAGCCUCAUAGGGAAACCAAAAAUCUUCAUACUACAGGCGUGCCGUGGAGGCAUCGCUGAUGAUCCAGUGACUCCCUGUGGUGGAGAAAGUGACUCAGAGAUUGAGGCAAAUGAGAGCGCCAUAUACACCCUCCCUGCUGGAGCUGAUUUCAUCAUGUGUUACUCUGUGGCUGAAGGCUACUAUUCCUUCAGGAAUAUUGCAAUGGGCUCCUGGUACAUCCAGGAUCUGUGUGAGAUGCUUCAAAAGCAUGGCACCUCCCUUGAAUUCACAGAUUUACUCACACUGGUCAACAGGAUGGUGUCAAAGAGAAGUGCUAACUGUGACAACGAAGAUCUCAAAGGGAAGAAGCAGAUACCUUGCUUUGCCUCAAUGCUCACCAAGCAACUGACCUUUAAACCAAAAAAGUAACACUUUCACACCUUAAAGUUCUAAUGGCUCUUGCUAGCUUUCAUUAUUUCUUGAAUUUUACAUAGUGCAGCCUUAUCUACUUAAACAGUCUGAUCAAAUUGUUGUAGCUUUGUUUCUGGUCAGUUGCACUUGUAUUUUCUAUAUUAAUGCUAAACAUUUGCUAUAUCUAUUUUCCUGUAUUGAUAUUUUUUAUUGCUGGAUUAUUUGUUAAUAUUUUUGAAUGCCAUUUCUGUGCUUUUCUCUGAAUGUGUAAACCAUGCCAAUGUUGACACUUACUAUAUUUCCUUCUGCUUUUACUUUGGAUGAGAGUCUGUUAAACUGUGCUCUGAGAUUUCUCCAUAUUCUUUGAAUGUUUGAUGAUUUUAUGUGCUCUAAAUAGUGGGAUAUUCUUUGGGACUUUGUGUGAGGAAAAUCUUUACUUUAGACAGGCCCAGUGUUGCUAACCUGUUAUUUAUUGUAAAACGCUCCUCCAGCUGUGUUUUUUUUCAUUUGCGCCACUUUGUUUUCUAACCUUUUGUUGCCCUGUUCCUAUUUGUUUUAGAUCUGUUGCUACCUUCAAAUUCAAAAUGAGUUAUCAUUUUAUAAAAAUCUCCCAGUUUCA